AUAUUGUGAUAGAAGAAUCUCAAAAGACUAAAUAAUAAUGAGGAGGAAAAAUUUUUUUCAAUACGUUGUGUUUGCGUGUGCCGUUUUGUAUGUUUAUUAUUAUUUCGGUGUGAGUGACUACAUUUAUUCCAAGAAAUUCGAGAAAGACUUCAAUUAUCCACUCAAUAGAAAUAUUCAGCCUUUAGUAACAGAAGUAAUGCUCGGAAGAAAACCAUCAGUCGAACCUAUAAACUUUUACCCAUACAGGUUUUUAACGAACUCAAGAAAGUGUUACACAUUGGAAAAGUUAGACUUGUUCAUAGUCGUCAAAACGGCUAGAAGUAAUUUCGAAAACCGAAAUGCCAUCAGACAGACUUUCGGCCAAGAAAACUUAAUACCGGGUACAAUAAUAAGGGUAUUAUUUUUCAUAGGUAGCGAUGACGUCCAUUCUUCGGUACAAGAAAGACUUAAUCAGGAAAUGGCCGAAUUCAAAGACAUCAUCCAAAUGGAUUUUCACGACAGUUACUUCAAUAACACGAUAAAAACAAUGAUGUCGUUUCGUUGGCUCUACGAACACUGUUCGAACGCGGAUUACUAUUUAUUCACAGAUGACGACAUGUACAUCUCUGUUAAGAAUCUCCUUGAUUACGUUAACGAUAACGCCUUUUCCAAGAAUAAUUUAGGGAAUGAGGGCCAUUCAAGUGUCUUAGAUAAUGGUACGGAUAUGAUUCUUCUAGCCGGAUAUGUGUUCAAUUCUGCACCCCAAAGAUUUCGUUCAAGUAAAUGGCACGUAUCUUUGGAUGAGUAUCCGUACGAUAAAUGGCCGCCGUACGUAACUGCUGGCGCGUACGUAGUCUCUAACCGUUGUAUGAGGAUUAUUUAUGCGGGUAGUUUGUUCGUGAAGCACUUUCGUUUCGACGAUAUAUACCUGGGUAUUGUCGCGAAGAAGGUAGGUUUAGAACCUACCCACUGUCCUAAGUUCUAUUUCUAUAAGAAGAAUUAUAGUAUUAAGGGUUAUCGAGAUGUGAUAGCCUCACACGGCUAUGAUAACCCUGAGGAACUAAUUAGGGUUUGGAAUGAACAAAAUGCGUUGUAAUUUUACAUUUUAAGUAUUGUCACAAAAAGAUAUUUUAUCGAUGAUAAGCUGAAUGAGAUUCACA